GGCCCUCAGGUGUGGCAGGGGAACAGGUAAACUGCUACUGCUGCUGCUGCUGUCGUGUGAGGCUCUGCUGUGGCUCAGUGUACGGAGGGAGGGGAGACUUCAGAGGUUUUGUUUGGGGCGAGGAGGAAGUUUGUUGCAGGAAAAGGCGAUGAAAGGUCUAUAAUUAUCUCCAAGAGCGUGUUUUAUUUUUUCCCCUCCGUCUUCUUCUUCUUCCUCCUCACUCCGACCUCCCCGGGACAGUCGGGACUCCUCUCUUGGCUGUGCUGAAACAUGGAGGAGCGCUGCUGAAGUCUUUUAUUGAACAGUGUUAUUUUAUUUUUAUUUAUUUAUUUAGUUUUAAGAAACUGUGUGAACCUUUCUUGCGCUUCUCGUCCCGCACACUGAGCUGUUACUGCGGGUUUAAUCGAGGAGUCGAUAUUGGAUGAGUUUUUAUCGCGGAGCCAGUCUGCACUCUUCCUGCUGAAGGAUUAAGGCCCGGAGCAGUGAUGGGGGACAUCGACCUCGAGGAGCAGGAGCCGUUUCCCAUGGACCGAGAUGGGAGACGAGUCAGGGACGAGCCCGACGGCGGCAGAAAGACGGGCUGCUGUGAUAAGUUCCAGCAGUCCGUCUCCAAAUGGAUGCUGCCAGAGGACGUCCGCAGCAAGUACCUGGAGCGGGCCAACUGCUGCCCGCCUCCCAUCUUCAUCAUCCUCAUCAGUAUUGCAGAGUUGGCAGUGUUUAUCUACUACGCGGUGUGGAGGCCUCAGAAGCAGUGGGUCACCCUGGAUCAGGGCAUCUGGACCAGCCCGCUCACGUACAAGCCUGAGAGCAGACAGGAGGCAUGGCGCUUCAUCUCCUACAUGUUUGUCCACGCCGGUGUGGAGCACAUCAUGGGAAACCUGCUGAUACAGCUGCUGCUGGGAAUCCCUCUGGAACUGGUGCACAAAGGAUUUGAAGUGGGGAUGGUGUACAUGGCAGGUGUCCUGGCAGGUUCUCUGUGCAGCUCCAUCUUUGAUCCUCUCAGUGCUUUGGUGGGAGCGUCGGGGGGCGUUUAUGCCCUCAUAGGAGGUUAUUUUAUGAAUGCAGUGGUGAACUUCAGAGAGAUGAUCCCUCUCCUCGGAGUGUUUCGUAUCCUCGCCAUUGUGAUAUUUGUCGGCACAGAUUUCGGAUUUGCCUUCUACAGAAGAUUUGCCAGCGAUGAGGCUGGUUAUAAUGUGUCCUUUGUGGCUCAUUUUGGAGGAGUUGUGGCCGGGAUGACCGUCGGCUAUGUCUUCUUCAGCGCUUACAACAUGAAGCUCCUGAAGGACCCUCGUUUCUGGCUGUGUAUCGUGGGCUACAUAGUCUUUGUGCUCUUCGCUGUGCUCUUCAACAUCUUCCUGAGCCCGGCAACGUAGGACUGUGAAGCUGCAUUCACCAGCCUUGUUUAAAAAAGUUAACACUAAAAGCCUUAAUGAGACACUCAGGAAGACGUGUGAGCAAAAAUGCUCUUCAGGGACCUUUUGAACAGUUUUUAAAUGUCUAUAAAUCAGAUUUGACCCUUUUUAGAGCUAAACAUGUGAGUUACAGUGAAAGGGUGCCUCCUGCUGGUGAUAUGAAACAUUGCAGAAGGAAUAUUUUACAUUUUAGACAAUGGUGCCUUAAGUCAAUUUUAUUUAAAGGGCUAAAUAAAAUAUUUUGCUAUGAGUAACUGUCAGUCAUAAUUCCAUAGUCGAUCUUUUUCUGUGUUUGAGCGUUUUGUUUUUAAAAUAAUCAGGAAAAUGAAUGAACACAUCGGUCCUACUUCAUGUCAUGACAGUUUGAUGUUGACUCAUAAUGGAUUUUAGCUGCAACUAAUGAUUAUUUUGAUUGUCAGUUAAUCUCUUGAUUAUGUUCUCAACUAAUUGAAGAUUAUUUUGGUCUCCCCAAAAAAUGUCUGAAAAUGGUGAAGAGUGAUGAUCACUCAAAGACAAAGACGACGAUCUCAAUUGUCUUGUUUUGUCCACAAACAAAAGAAAAAUCGGUGUACAAUAAUGGAGGCGUGAAGAAGCCAGCAGACUGUGUCACAGUAACGUGUUAUUCAUGAUAACCAUGAUUAUAUCAUGUUAAUAAUGCGCAUGAUAAUAUCAUCUUGCCCAAAUGUUCAGACUUGUGGAUGUUUUAUUUGAGUUAAUCUGGUCGCCUUUUCACUAGUUAUUGAGCAGUUAGUAGUAAUUGUUCUUUUGAUUUUUUAAAUUUAUUUUGGCCAUAAAGAGAAACAAAGCACACAGUUUACACAAUUAAAGAUGAAUAAAUGCUAGCAUUAUUUUUCAAAUUUCUAGAGAUAUCUUAAUAAUAUCAUUAUCGUGAGUUACUUUGGCCACGAUAACUGGAGGUAAUCAAUUCAUACUUUGAUAGCUCUGUUAAAUGAUUAUCAAAAUAGCUGGCACUUACUUCAAUUGUUGGCAACUAAGCGAUUAAUCGACUAAGUCUUGCAGCUCUAAUGGACUUGGAAUGGAAGAGCUGGUUUACCAUCGGGACUUGGCUCAGAGCUCCGUCAUUGUUUCAGCCACAUCCUGUUGACAGGAAGUAGCUAAUUACAUGUUGAGUUGUAAAACAAAUUGUAUUUUUAUUUUUUUUAAUCACACAUUGUUUUUAAAUCUUGGAAAUACAUAUCUUUAAACAUGAACAUUUGGAAAGUGUUAACUGUAAAAGUAAAUUAGUUGUUGGUAUAAUACAAAACUCUCUUGAACUGGAGGGAUAUUGGUGAAUGUUAGGUGGAAGUCAUAGUCUCAUAUAAACACAUUUGCAGUCUCAUAAGUAAAAAAUACUCUUAUAAUGCUGUUUUACAUCUGAUGUACAGAUCUUACUUUAAAUGUAAAGUAAAUGUAUGUAAUUUAUCUAAGAUGACCAGAGACUAUGUUUCCACAGCUCAAUGUGUUUUAUAAUACAAUCUGAUGUUUUCAUAAUGCAUUUGUUUUUUGUCAUACUGAAUCUGAACUUGAGUAUUGACUUUGUCAGAUGAGUAUAUACAGAGUCCACAGUAAAGACUUCAAUUAGCAGACAACAGUGUUUGUGCAGCAGCCUGCCGGUUCAUGCUGCGGGGACUCUGUAUGGCAGCGGCUGCUCUUUCCAGUGUACAGUAUGGAAAGUUCCAUAGUUCCCAAACGCAGCGCAUCAAUAUAACUUAGUGCAUCAAUAUUCAAUUAUCAUGAACUUGUUAGCCCUGACCCUGAACACUAGGAAGUAGUAUGUUGUUGUUGUUAUGCGGUACGACAGCUGUGUUACCGACCGAAGAGUUAAUGUAGGUUUAAUAAGAAUCCAUCCACACCAACAUGACCAUAUUAAUACAGGCUGUGUGUGUUUUUUAUUUGGCCGAGCCUAUAAAUUCUUUGUUCAGUCUCUGUGUGACUGAAAUGAGCUGUAUUAUGUAGGCCUUAUGAUGAAGCCAAAUCCUCUGAGCCCACUUUAAUUUACAUUCUUGAAACACUUUUGUCCAUGCAGUCCUUCAUCUGUGGACUAAAAUUAAAGAUGGCAUAGAAAAAAUAAGUUUCUGUCUUGUCAUGUCAUUACUGGCUACAUCAUAGAAGGUGUUGGUCUACUGUGUUUCAUGUGAUUAAGCUGACAAUUAAAAAUAUCAGUCCUGUCUCAUAAUA